AUGAUCGGAGAGGAGGCCGGUGCAGGCAGUGGUGCUGCCAACUUUUCAGUGGAUGGCUGGCAAAUGAUUGCAACACCAAAACCUGGCCGUGAAUCAGGCAGAAACUUCUCGUACAUUCCACCCCAGGAGUGGGCCGCCGAGCACGGUGUACGCGAAGGCGCAGACCUGACCAGAGUCCAGAUCAAGGAUAUCCUGGGGCUGAUACCUCCUCGUCAGAGCAGAGCCCGACUGCCUUCAGACUUGGUUGCAGCAGACCAACUUGGCGAGGUGAAGCGCCGGAAGGAGCUUCCAGAAAGGGCUGCCAUGAAGAGGGUAGCAGGACACAGACAUGCAGAUGUGGAGGCCGCCGAAGCAGCAGUUACCAAACUGAAGGAUGACACAAGUGCCCAGCAGAAAUCUUCAGAGGAGAUGCAGGAUGUGCAGCAGCUGCUCGGCAGCUACCGAGAAAAGUUUGCUGGCUUUGAGGACGCAGGGCUGAAGGAUGCAAAAGCAAAGCGCGAGCUCAAAGCAAAGCUGCAGGAAACCGAGACGAAGCUGCAGGAAAUUGAGAGGAAGCUGCAGGACGGCGAGGGGCAGCUGCAGGAAGGUGAGAGGCAGCUGGAAGAGGAGAGGGCAAAGGCUGCUGUGCUGCAAAUGAAGUUGGAUGAGGCUGAGGCAGCUUCAGCCAGCUUCCAACCCCUGUCAGACGAUAAGAUAAUGCUGGCAGCCAUCGAGCUGAUGCACAAGUCCCCGGCCCAGAGGCAGCGUCUGAUGGAGAUCGGCGGUGCAUUCUCCAAUUGA